UUAUUUUCGUAGCUUUUGUUAAUGGAGUUUCUAUGGUGGUACCAUGAGGUUGCGAUGCCCGGUGUGGUUUUUUAAUCGUGUGAACUUGUUCAGAGCUUUCGGACCUUUUCAGGAUGCGUGUACCCUUGAAGUUGGCGGUGUCCGGUCGAUAUCCUUUGGCCAGCAGUACACCCGUGAGCAGCAGGACCAGAUCCUGAGGGUCCUGAACAACUCGUCAGAAAAGGAGCUGCGCAAGCUGUCCAUCAGCCCGCUGAACAUCAUGCGCAUCCUGCACCACCGCGAGGAGAACAGUGGCUUUGCCAGCAUGGAGCACGUGGGCGCCAUCGACGGCAUGCAGACGCGCGGCCUGGCCAGGAUCUGCGAGACCAUCCUGUACGGAAAGAAGCCGCAGGAGAAGAGGCUGCCCGACAGGGGGAAUAGCAUCAUCCCUGAACUAACAAUGGAGAGGAUUGAGAGCGUCAGUGACAUAGUGGCCAUAGAUGUGAGUCCUCCGUUCAUGACGUGGGCCCACGUGACGUGUGACCACUUUGUGCUCGCCCUCGAACGAGUGCAGUUCCUCGAAGACAAGGUGCAGCCUCACCUGUAUAACUACUACGAUGCAGUGCAGCAGGUGCUGAGGCAGCUGCCGCCUGCGAGCCUGUACGUGGUCGAGCAGAAGGCGCAGCGGCACAAGGGCGAACUCGCCCAGAGCCAAAGCCAACUGACCGUGCAGGCCAUGCUGGUGGCGCUGCUGAGCCAUGGCAAGCAGCUGCAGCCACAGGUGAUUUCCAUAAAGUCGUCCGCUAUCACAAACCUCUUCGACCUGAACGUCGGCAACGAGCGAGUGUCUGGCCAGGGCAUGCUCAAGAAACUGGUGGAUGCCGGCGUGAUCAGCUUCCAAGGAAACUUGAGGAGCGCCUACUUUAAAGAAACAUCCGUCAACAGAGAAUACUUUUGUGGAGUCCUUCUACUGGCCAGGGCGUUCUACAUGCUCGCCAAGACUUGAAACUACGUUGAUGUUACAGAUGUGGGAGGACACUGCCUAUCCCCAUGUACAUAACUCUAGGAGCUGUACAGUGCGAGGAUUAUUGUGCUUACCGAGCACAUGUAGGGAUGUAUUGUUACAAUAAAUGUCGUUUAAA